AUGAAGUCAUCCUCUCUCCCACUAGCAAUAAUAACUGCUCUACAUAUUUCCCCUCCUAAUCUUCGUCAUUGCCCAGGCACGAAUAUCCAUAAUAGCCAUGCUGCAUCAGGAACGUGAUACCGACCCUGAUCAGCAACCUGAAACCAACCCUUAUUUUCGCCCACUGUCACUAGACCAACGUUCCCAGCGCCCCCCAUCGCAAGACCAACGUUCCCAGCGCCCACCGUCACAUGACCAACGUUCCCAGCCACCCUUUGCACAGGGACAGCCACCCAAUCAAUGGCCACAACCACCUUCCAAAAAGGGAAAAAAAUCCAAGCAGGGUGGUCAAGAGCAACGCCAGCCAUCGCGUCCACGGCAACAAGAUCAACAGUCCCCUGGGUCUGCAGAUCAUUUUCCCCUGAAUGCUGCUCUGCCAUCUAGCCAAUCGAAGCCAAAUCAGCAACGUCUCAAGUCACAAGACCCCUCUUCACCGCCACCUGUCCCAUCUACACUGCCUUCUGGCCAAAGGACGCAAAAUGAGCAGGCCCCGCCACAUGGGUCUUCAUCGCCACCUAACUGGAGGCAACAUCCGCAGCGCCAGGGUCAAUACCAAUCAGGCCUGACGAUAUUGCCACGAGAGCAUCAUCAUCGACACAAACCUUUAACGUGGUUUCUUGCAGUGUUCUGUGCAAUUCUUUGGGUUGUCAUAAUCGUAGGAGGCCUAAUUGUCCUCAUAGUCUAUCUUGUUUAUCGGCCACGGCUCCCCCGGUUUGAUAUAUCUGCUGCCACCUUGAAUGCAGCCUAUCUUGACAUGGGCUAUCUGCUCAAUGCUGAUGUUACUAUGCUCGCAAACUUCUCAAAUCCAAACAGGAAAGUGAACGUUGAUUUCAGUUACAUGUACAUUGAUCUAUACUAUGGAAGUACCCUUAUUGCUACUCAAUAUGUUCCACCAUUCUAUGCCACACGGGCCCAAUCCAAGUUUGCUUAUAUUCAUAUGGUGACUAGUCAGGUUGGGAUUCCACUGGUAGCAGCCCGAAGGCUUAAGAAGCAGAUAGAAGCCGAAGGGGUCCAGUUUCAAGUGAAAGGUUAUUUCAGGGCACGAUCUACUUUGGGGAGGCUCCUAAAAUACUCGUAUUUGUUGCAUACUCAUUGCUAUAUUCUCAUGUCUGGACCUCCUACCGGGGCUUUGAUUAGGAGCGAAUGCAGAACGAAACGCUGAAGAAGCAUAUUGGGUUAUUAUAAACACCAUCCAAACUUAUGACGUUUGGGCACUCAUGUAGCCGUGGACCGUGAGUGUGUAUUGCUUUUCUCGGACUAUAGAGAGUAUUAUUUCGCCAUAUGCUACAACAUCGAGUAAUUUUUUUCAUCACAUUACCAAAACCCUGUCUUUUUGUUAAGAUCAUUUUUUUUUUUUAAGUAUUGAUACGAAAAUACUAUUGAUGCAAAAUAUUACUUCAUUUGUAUGGUAAACAAUCUCGAAGUAUUUUGUGUAUUCUGUGUAUUUCAAAGUAUUCUGUGGAUUCUUACAGUUGACUUGGUAAACUGUCAUGAAUACAAUAUUUUCUUGAGAAAGUUUAGGGACAAUUUCACAACAUUUUUACAAUGCCCUUAGUUGUGAAAAUGUUGUGAUAUUUUUUCAAUUAUAAUAUAAAAUAAUUAUAUCAACAAUUUCCUUUUUAGAGGGGUCUCCACCUUCGGGCCCAACGUGUCGCUAUAUUUUCUUAGUUUCAAUCUGUGUAAUCCCAAUAAACAGAGGACCCGCAGAUUAAAAUAACAUGCAAACAUAUCGUGAAUUAUGACAUGAUACAAUACAAGUAAAAUUCAAGGCAAAGUAGCAUUUCAUCAUAAAUAGCAAAAGGCACAAAGAAUUCCUAGUGAUUCAUGAAUGGAGUAUUGCAGAAUUACAUGACAACAUAGUAAAGGUCUUCCUCAUCAUUCCAACAACAUAACCAACACUGGGCAAAUUUGUCCAUAGUAAUCAACUCGUAUACAAAAAUGGAAAACAGAUACAACGCAUUUCUUGGUACAAAAUUGGACAAAGGAGAAUGCUUCUCCUGAGAAUGGGAUUAUCUACACAAGCUCAAUAAAACAAGAAUCAAAGAAGUCAUGAAAUCAUGACCAGGCCUCAUAUGCUGCAACUUUAGACAAUAAAUAAAAGUAAUGCAACAAGAAAUGCCAGCCCUUUGACUCUUACCAAAAACCACUUCAAGCAAUUAACAUACCAC